GUAAACUAAGACCGUUUGCAAAUUUUAGGAAGAUUGCUGUUGUGGUAUUCCCAAAGCCUGAGGUCUUGAAAUAUCGUGCUGAUAAAAGAUUUAAAGAGAUGGGAAAGGAGGUACCAGCCGAAGCGAUAGAUAAUAUGUUAGCCAAUUUUGUUUUGCCUCUGAGCAGAGAUAUGCCUGGCUCAGAUGAGUUUUUUGACCAGGUUAUUUUUAGUGAAUGCAAUAGAGGAGAGUCACAAAGGUAUUUGGAUGAUAUGAAGAGUCUGUUAGGCUCCAGAACUUAUUCUCGUGACAGCUCAGUUGAGUCCUACACCAGGGAUUCCAUGCACAAUCAAGGAAUUCCAUCAGUUGCUGGUCAAAAUUCUCAGCAUUUUCAUCCAACUAGACUUCCAACUUUGGGUGAACCAGAUUUUUAUCAAAUGCAGAAUCGAUUGAAUUCAGCAUAUCAUGGGAGAAAGCCAUAUGAUAGACCAUUUCAAGCUUAUGAAAACCCUACAAGACCUAUAACUUCUGCACCAUAUGGCGUUUCUGAAAGGAUUGAAGAUGGUUUUGUUCUGAGGGGCAAUAUUGGUUACUCUUCAGAUUAUGAUGCAGUGAAUGGAAUCCGUCGACCAUAUGGCAGGCCAGAUAUUGUUGGCAACAGUGCCUUUCCUGAUGGUUCUGUUGACUUCUACAGAGAAGGUAUAGUUGUGCCUUCUCCAGUUGGAAGUUCAAGGGCUUCUACCUACUCACAAGACCCUCUUAGAGGACAAUUUAGGGCUAUUGGAAGUCCACAUAUUGAUCAGCAUGCUCAAAGGCUUCCCACGUAUCUGCCCCCUCCUCGACCAACUAGAUAUGGUCCACCUUAUGGAAACCCACCCGGCAGGCCUUAUUGAAGACUUUUUGCUGAUUUGCCGCAUUUUGGACCAUGUCCCCAUCCUGUGCACCACUAACUACUGUAUAUUUUGGUAGGUCAUUCCUUGCGUUUGGAGAAGCAGGAUUAGUAAUUUAAAGAAAUGAAAAGAACUUUUGGACGUAAUAAGUUUAAAAAAUUGGAGGCACUGGAAGGAUCAAUCGUUGAUGGUAACCCAUACUACCCUUUUUUUUAUGUUCUAUACUACUUGCUCAACUAUUUUACUCAGUAGGCUUUAUUUGUUUGUGAUAGUUAUAAUUCAUAUAAAUAUGACAGAAAUUCAUAAACUUGACAGAAGAAGAGAAUUUUCGAUGUCAUAGCCCAAACUGGUACUGGUUUUGUAUUUUGAGUUUGUACUGCUUUAAUGCCAUAAGGUUAGAACGUAUAUUAUUAUUUUCAACUUAAGAAAGGUGGAUUUCUGAUUCUUGCAUAGUCAUCUACCCAAUUUAGGAAUUAUAAAUCCCUAUUUAAUGGAAUUCAAAGUGAGAUUAUAUUCUAUUGACUAAGGUAAAAGAUUAGAAUAAAAAAUGAAGAAACCAUGCAUAGCACUUUAUUUUUAUUUUGUAGCCUGUAAAUAUAGUGGAGUGUUUGAAUUCCUAACCUUUCUCAUUGAUGAUCUUGAUCAAUUUUUCCUUUUCUUCUCGAAAGGCCUAUUGCAAGAGGUGAAUGUUCAAGCCACACUUGAACUCCAAUAAAGGAGCAUGAUGCCACUAGGCGAACAGGCUUUGGGCACUGAAAA